CAGAGGGUGACAGUCCCGUCCGUGUGGCAGCUGACGCCGGAGGAGGAGGAGAAGCGCCGCGUGCGGCGGGAGAGGAACAAACUGGCGGCGGCCAAAUGUCGCAACCGGCGCCGGGAGCUGACGGACCGGCUGCAGGCGGAGACGGACCAGCUGGAGGAGGAGAAGGCGGAGCUGGAGUCCGAGAUCGCGGAGCUGCGCAAGGAGAAGGAGCGCCUGGAAUUCGUGCUGGUGGCCCACGCGCCCGCCUGCAAGGUCCCCUUCGAGGACAUCGGCGCCGUGGGUGCCGGCCCCGCCGAGAGGGAGCCACGUGUGGAGCCUCGCACCAGCGGAGCAGCAGCAGCGACCAGUCCUCGGACUCCUUGAAUUCUCCCUCGCUCCUCGCGUUGUGAACGGGGUGUCCCCCCCUCCUCUGCCCCAGGCCCACCUCCCCCUCUCGAGCCCCCCAAAAACGGGCACCUCCUCCCUGCCCCCGCCGCGCCUCGGGGCUGGGCUUUGCCCGCUCCGCUUUUUUGGGUUUUUUUUUUCCGGCUCCAGUGGGGUUUUUUUUCUCCUUUAGGGAGGUCGGGAGGGGUUUGUUUUUUUUGGGGGGGGGUUUUGGCGCCUGGAGGUGGUGGCCGUGAUGAGGCUCCAGCGUUCCUGUGGCUGUUUGGAGGUGUCUGCUCCCGGUCCCCGUCACCCCGUGGGGGUUCGUCCAGGAUCUUUGUCCCUCUGGAGAUGUCCCCAUCCUGUCCCCAGCGCCCGGAGAAGGUUCAGUGUCACCUCAGAGGUGUCCAUCCCUCAUUUCACGGGGUUCACCCCGGAUCUCCGUCCCUCUGGAGAUGUCCCCGUCCUGUCCCCACCACCCGGAGAAGCCUCUGGUGGUGUCCCUGUCACCUCAGAGGUGUCCGUCCCUCAUUUCACGGGGUUCAUCCGGCGUCUCCACCCCUCUGGAGGUGUCCCUGCCCCACCUCCAUCCCCCCGGGAAGGUCUUUUUGUCCUCUCCGUCACAUUUCGAGGUCCCUGUCCUCGAUCCCCGCCAUCCUGUGGCACUUUGGGCAGAGUCUGCGUCCCUUUGGUGACGUCCCUGUGCGAUUCCCACCACCCGGAGAAGGUCUCCGUGGUGUCCCUGUCACCCUGGAGGUGUCUGUCCCCCCGUCCAGGGGGUUCCUGCCGCAUCUCCAUCCCUUUGGAGAUGUCCCAGCCCGGUCCUGGUGGCACCUGUGACACCUGAGGUGUCCCCAGUCCCCCCGC